AUGUUUGAUAUGUCUACUGUGUCCAUGCUUAAUAGAGUUGGAAAAGAUAGUCUUACAAUGCCUCCAACAACUUGGUUCUCCAAGAAUACCUCGGAGUCAUUCUCAACUUUGUUUGUGACCAACGGCACAAUGGCCGGUGCCAUCCCCAGCUACAUGAAUGUUUCAAGUAUGAAUCUCAAGGACAAUCCCAAUCUAGUAGGCCCUCUGUUAGAGUCACACUGCAGACUUACCUUCUUUGAUUUCCGCAACACUGGCAUUCAAAAUAUUCCCAAUUGUUACUUCUGCUAUUGGAGCUAUACCCAGCAAUACUUUGUUGGUAGCCAAGUGCAAUUCCCACAGAACUUCAAUUGCAGUGUCAGUUUGUCCAAAACAUUCUAUCUCAUCAAGGAUACUUCAAAGAGUUUCUUACUACUUGGUACCAAUUUGGGAUUCAGAACACCAACAACAAACAUGUCAGAAGUUAGUGCCAGUGUGAAGGUUGCUAACAGUCAGAUGUCUAUUUCAGCAAUCGAGAGAAUUGGUACAAGCACAAUCAAGUUCUCAGAUUCCAACAUCCCAAUGACAUUCUCAUGGGCAACAGACUGGACUAAGGUACAAGGAGUUGCAGGAUACUUGAGCAAUAACUCAUUGAUUGUUGUUGUCAAUGGUACAUUCCACUUGCCAGAUUUCUUUGCUUACAAUAUCGUGGUUGGCAAUCAUCCAUGCCCUGUCACACAACAAAAGGUUGAUGUACUUCAAUGUACCAUCACAUCCUUUGUAGUUGACCCAACUGUCACCAUGAUGGCCAACAUCUCAACACCCUAUCAAUCAUUCAUCCAAUCAGCCUACACUCAGAACUUCCCAAUUGUUACAUACGCAUCACCUUUUACUACUGAAGGUGGUACACUCCAAUUGAAGGGAUUCUUUGGAUUAGGUGCAACAGUGGGUCAGAUGACAGUCAACAUCAAUGGAAAGGAUUGUCAACUACACAGUGGCGAUGACACUCAUAUCCUAACACAAGUUGAUGGUCCAUUGCCAGUUGGAUUCGCCAACCUCACAGUCACUGUCAAUGGUGUCCAGUUCAAGUCUUCCAACAUAUUAUACAUUGACCCUGUUACCAAGGAGUUUAACUGUGGACCAAGAUAUGAGUGCAGUAAACAUGGAACAUGUGUUGAUGGAGAAUGUCAAUGUUCGAAUGGAUAUGGUGGUCAGAUAUGUGAGUUCCAGCUCAAUCCGAAUGUUGUCAUUCAACCUUCAAACUCAUCAACCAACUUGGGAAGUAGUCGUUCAAAGUUGGACUUCAACUUGGUGGAGAUACAAGAGUUGGACCUAUCUCGCAAUGUCGUCAGAUCGAUAUUGACCAACAAAUGGAACUUUACCACAUCAGUCAAUGGUUCAUUGACAACCUAUCAUUAUGGAAUGCUCCCCGCCUCAUCAUUGGAGGUGGCCGUUACAUUCGAGUACUCGACCGAAGCAAGAUCACUCACAUUUGGUGGACUAGAUGUAAACCUCGCACCUGGCGCACUCAAGAUGACGGUGGACAUCAAUGAAUGGCAGUUCGUCAACAACCUCAACUCAUUGCGAGCAGUCUUUGCCAAUCAGAUGACCAACUUGACCGAAUUCGAGGAGCCACAAUGCGAGUUUGACUCGACCACCACGUACGACGACCCGCAAUCCAAGAGUCUCUCGUACAUCAAGGUCAGGUUUGAGGACACGGUGUACUUUGGUCGUUUCCUCCCCGUGGCCCUGGCCGAUGGACGCGCUACACGUAUCAUCAACGAAGUGAUCAACACGACUGGUUCGCGCACAUCACAGCUCACCUACAUCGGCAUCAAUCUACCACAGUGUCGAGCAUGCAGGAUCGAUCCAGACUUCUCAUUGUUGAUCGAUACACAACAUGUGGAAUGCCCGUCCGCCAAAACAAGUUGGUUGCUCAUUGCCAUUAUAGUGCCAAUUGGAGUAGUUGUCCUGGCUGUAAUAGUAGCAGUUAUAUUAUGUUAUAGGAAGAAGAUAUCAUAUAUUUACAUGGCCAAGUUCAAAAAGAGUUCAAGUGUUGGCAGUAGCAAACUGAGGUCUGUGCCAUCAAAACAUAAUUAA